AAAAGAACAUACUAAUUUCUAUUGCAUGCUUCUCUCCUACAAACGGACACUUCUUUAUUGGUUUUGUUCCUAUCAUAAGCCUCUGUGUUCGUGUCUGCAACAGAUCUGUCUCCUCUUUCAUUUUUCUUUUUCUCUUUAGAAGAAACCGGAAAACAACAAAACCCUCUACCCGAAAGGGAGGUUUUUAAAGCACUGUGCCAAAAAGCCAUCGUUUUCUCCAGAAACCCAUCAGUUUCCUCUGAAUCCUGCAUGUGAAAGUUUGGUGAAGAAAGAGGAGAGAGAUCUGUGAUUUCCUUUAAAACGCUGCCGUUUCUCUCCUUUUUUUUGUUUCUCUUUCUCUUGAUCUCUGUUGUUCUGUGGCUGAUGAUGUCACUAACAACGAUGCCCACUUGCCUCCAUCAAUUUUUCAAUCUCUCUCAUCUUCUUUAAUGUGAUACAAGUUCUCAUCUUCAGUGUAUAAGAAUCAUAAAUUUUGAUCCUUUAGCUUCUCUGUUUCUUCUUCUUCUUCUUCUUCCCUUGUAACAGAGAGCUCGAAAGUUUUCAUUUUUCUUUCUUUCCCCAUCUGGGUUUUCAAUUUCACUAAUUUACUACUCCUGAUUUGGGUUUUUUGAGAUUUUGUGGACUUAAAGCUAUUGCCAUAGUUUGUCACACAAAAUCACUUCAAAUUUGGAAACUUUUUGCAAAAAUGAGAUACAAUUCGAUUUGGUACUUAUGCAAGAUUCCGAGGAGGAAAGAGAUGAUAUUUUUCUGCUGAAUUAAUGACGACGACGACUACUACUACGACAAGGGUUGCUUCUUCUUCUUCAACACGGAACAAUCGAAUUCUGAAAGAUGCAAAUGGAGAUAUCGGUGAGCAUCUUCGUAACCAUAUCCAUUUAACGAAUUGUAUUCAUUUGAAGAACAAUAUGCAUAAGCAGAGUCCUGUUUUAACUGACCGUGCCUUAAUGAGAGACCUCAUUGUUCUCCAAAGGUCACGGUCUCUUAGAGAUCCAUCUGCGAGCCCUCCUGCUUGGAACACGCCUCCUUCUGUUGUGGAUUUGCUUCCGAAGAAAGGAGAUCUUGUGGAAGGAGGAAGAAGAUCUGUUGAUUUAAAGAAGUCUAGUCGUAGGUUGUCUGCUUUGAGUGGUUCUUCACCUGUUGUCAACUUUGGGACAUCUAAAGUGACUCCUUCUGAUGAGAGGUCUGGUCCUGUUAGUGGUGAAAGGGAUAGUGGUAGGAGAGUUAAGAGAGAGGAAUCUAGUAGAAAGAGUUAUAGAAUUGGGGAUGAUUAUCAAAAUGUUAAUGAGGUUGUUUCUCAUGGUUCGGGAUCAAAAGCUAGUAGGAGGCUUAGUAGGGUUAAUGAUGCUAUGGUUAAGACAUUGUCUGAUCAGUUAAAUGAGGUUGUUGUUGGUGAUAGUGAUGAUGUGGUUUCAUCUAAUGUUCGUCCACGGGUUAGGUAUGGAGGAGGUGGUGGUGGUGGUAAUACUCGGGGAUGUGCGGGUGGAAUGAGUCGGCCUAAAAGACGGAAGUUUAGAGGGACGAGGAGAGUUCGGGGUAAGAGUAGAGAUACUGGUGGUGGUAAGAGUGAGAUGUCUGUUGCUUCUAACACAUUGCCUCAAGUUGAGAAGCAUGAUGGAGAAAAAGAGGGAUUUGGGGAACAGAACAUGACAAAGGCUUGUGGGAUUCCAUUUAAUUGGUCAAGAAUUCAUCACCGAGGGAAAACUUUUCUUGAUAAGGCGGGUAGGAGUUUGUCUUGUGGUAUGUCUGAUUCGAAAGGUGGUAGGAAAGGUGAAACUAAUGAGAGAAAUGGUUCUGAUAAGAUGAUGAUACAAUCUGAUGAUGACUCAAGCUCUUUUAUCGGCUCUGAUGGUGAAGCACUUCCUUUACUAGUUGAUAGUGGAGAGAAUGAUGGUUGGGUGCACGAUUACUCGGGGGAGCUAGGUAUUUUUGCAGACAGUCUGCUCAAGAACGAUGAGGAUUCUGACCUUGCUUCAGAAGGAAGGUCAGGGGAGAAAAAACACAAAAAGAAGAGCCAUGUAAAUGCUCGGCAUCGACAUCGGCAACAGCAUCAGAGUCUUACUGAAAAAUACACACCUAAAACAUUCCGGGAUCUUCUGGGGCAGAAUCUGGUGGUACAAGCUCUUUCUAAUGCAGUUGCUAGACGAAAGCUUGGACUUUUGUAUGUCUUCCACGGUCCAAAUGGAACCGGAAAGACCUCUUGCGCUAGGAUAUUUGCAAGGGCUUUGAACUGUCAUUCCAUGGAACAACCAAAGCCUUGUGGCACUUGCAGUUCUUGUGUUUCACAUGAUAUGGGUAAAAGCUGGAACAUUCGGGAAGUGGGUCCUGUUGGGAACUAUGACUUUGAGAAAAUAAUGGAUUUACUUGAUGGUAAUGUGAUGGUUUCAUCUCAGUCCCCUCGGGUGUUCAUAUUUGAUGAUUGUGAUACUUUGUCAUCUGAUUGUUGGAAUGCGUUGUCCAAAGUGGUGGAUCGAGCAGCGCCACGUCAUGUAGUCUUUAUCCUCGUCUGUUCGAGUCUUGAUGUUUUGCCUCAUGUGAUCAUAUCUAGGUGCCAGAAAUUCUUUUUCCCGAAACUGAAGGACGCAGAUAUAGUUUACUCAUUGCAAUGGAUUGCAUCAAAGGAAGAGAUUGAGAUAGAUAAAGAUGCAUUGAAGCUUAUUGCUUCAAGAUCAGAUGGUUCAUUAAGAGAUGCUGAGAUGACUCUUGAACAGCUGAGUUUGUUAGGACAGAGGAUCUCUGUUCCUUUAGUUCAGGAACUGGUUGGGCUUGUUUCUGAUGAAAAAUUAGUGGAUCUUCUUGAUUUAGCUUUAUCUGCAGAUACUGUAAAUACUGUGAAGAAUCUGAGAACAAUAAUGGAAACAAGUGUAGAACCAUUGGCUUUAAUGUCUCAGCUUGCAACGGUCAUAACUGAUAUUCUUGCUGGUAGUUAUGAUUUCACUAAAGAUCAGCAUAAAAGAAAGUUUUUUCGACGACAACCAUUACCUAAAGAAGAUAUGGAGAAACUGAGACAGGCACUUAAGACGUUAUCAGAGGCAGAGAAACAGCUGAGAGUAUCAAACGAUAAACUGACUUGGCUCACAGCCGCGUUGCUUCAAUUGGCUCCUGAUCAGAACUAUCUGCUUCAACGUUCGUCCACUGCAGACACUGGAGGUAGAGAAAGCUCAGAUCACCAUCUGGAUCCUUCUAGCGAUGCAGCUGGUGGAAGAAGUUCUGGUUUGGACAGAAGAAGAGGUGAUAGUAGAAAAAACCGACCCGCUGUUGAAGAAAUUUGGUUAGAGGUUAUUGAGAAGCUUCGAGUUAACGGUUUGAGAGAGUUUCUUUAUAAAGAAGGAAGAAUCGUCUCUCUUAAUCUCGGAUCAGCUCCUACUGUGCAUCUAAUGUUCAGUUCUCCGUUAACCAAAUCCACGGCUGAGAAAUUCCGAAGCCAUAUUAUGCAAGCGUUUGAGGCAGUUCUUGAGUCACCUGUCACAAUAGAGAUCAGAUGCGAGACAAAAAAAGACCCGAGAAACAACGUGCAUCAUCAUCAUCAUCACCCAACUGUGAAAGACAAAAGCCUGCCACAAUCUUUAGCACUCAUUGGCCAUGAUUACAACAUCGAUGGAAGUGGAAGAAGUGAGAUAGUUGAAGUUACUGAAUCUAAUGGACAAAGACGACAACAACAGAAGCAACAGGAAGAGGAGAGGACAGAGCCAGUUGGUUCCUCUGCGUUAGCCCGAGCUAGAAGGAAACAUUUGGAAGCAAGCCAGAGUCAGAACCAGAGCCAAAGCAUUGUGAGAGGUAAGGUCUCGUUGGCUCAUGUGAUUCAGCAAGCUGACGGAUGCUCACUCCAGAACGGUUGGUCUAAACGCAAGGCCGUGUCUAUCGCCGAGAAGCUGGAACAAGAAAAUCUGAGACUUGAACCAAGAUCAAGAAGCUUGUUAUGCUGGAAAUCCUCAAGAGGCACACGUCGCAAGGCCACGAGGUUGAAGGUGAGAACAAGAAGGGCAAGACCACAUACGUUACUUAAGCUCGUGUCGUGCGGCAAAUGCCUGUCUACGAGAUCUCCAACAAGAUAAAGGCUUUAAUUCUCUGAUCGAUCAUACGCAGAUUUUACUGUAGUUUCAAUCAAUGUAGCUUUUUUCUUUGCAUUUUUUAAUCUUUCUUACCACAAAAUAAAUGGAUUAAUUUAACUCUUCAAAACCAUUCGUAAGAGAGAUCUUUAUUAAUGUAGAUGCAUCAAGAACUGCGUUAUGUAAACCACAGACGCUAACACACAUGAUUAUUCGUAAGGACGAUAAAUGAAAGUUGUUCAACGAGGAGAUGAUAUUUGAUCAAUAUGGUUCAACGAUCAUCCUCCAAUUGCUAAGAA